GGCUUCGGUAAAUAAUAAACAACUUUGCGCCGACAACAACACUAAACCGGGCUCCCGUUGCUUUAUCUCAUCAAAUAUUUAAGAAAUCGCCAACUUUUCCAGUAGCUCUUCCUCGAAAUGGGCGUAACUGUGCUGCAACCGUACCCGCUGGAGAAAUCCGGCGCCCAAACGAUCGAUUUUCUGCUGAAGCGCGUGGUAGCGCUGGGCGCCGUACCCGCCGGCCAGUUUCUGGUGGAUUGUGAAACGUACAGCUCGAACCCGCAGCUGGGCCCACCGAAAACCGUACACAUACUGCACAACUCCGAGCAGCCAGCGUCCGUCUUUUCCAUCCUGGACACCGGCACCAAGCAGAUACCACUCGUGACCGAUGGGCUGUUCGAUCUGCUGAUGACCCGAAUCGCUCCGGCCUACACCUCCAAGAAGCAGACGAAAAUCGAAUCCAAAGGGCAGCGCUUCGAGUUCGGCGACUUUGUGAUCAAGCUGGGCAGCGUGACGAUGAGCCAAAACUUUAAGGGCGUGCUGGUGGAGGUGGAGUAUCGGCCGUGCCUCGUGCCGGGCAGUUGCUGGGAGCUGAUGCGUGAGUUUCUGCAAGGAUUUCUCGGCUCGAACGUGUCCAACUCGAUGCCCGCCUACUUUACGCAACGCUCCAGCAUCAACCCGAAUCACUCGAAGGCGAACGAAAUCUAUCAGCCGAUCGAUACGAUCAACCAGUACUUGGAGCAUUUCACCAACUACCGGAAGCAAACAAUGGCACCCGUUGGGGUACGGCCUUAACCUUUGCUUCGAGAAAACGCACGUACACGUUAAGGUUUACAAUAAAAUAUCUAUUAAAUAUCUAA